CUUGCAAAUCAAAAUCAAAAAAUAUCCAAAAAUGAGUUUUCUAGCAGGAGGAAGAUUAGCAGGAAAAGAAGCCGCUUUCUUUUUCCAGGAAUCCAAACAAGCCGUUAACCGUCUCACCGAUAAACUAUCCGCCUCUGCUAAAACUCCUCCGAAUCCGAUCUCCUCCGCCGCUAAUAAUAAUAAUCAAGAAUCCCAAGCCGACGUGCUUCCCGAAAUUCUCAAACAUUCUUUACCGUCCUAUAUUUACGGUAAACCGUCCGAUUCAUCUUCACUUUCUACCGCUUCAAAAUGGGUUCUUCAAUCGAACGAUCCUAAUAAACCGUUUGUUUCGCCCGAUUUAAUCAAUCCUCUUCGAGCUUACGUUUCUCUUCCUCAGGUCACUUUUGGACCCAAAAGAUGGGAAUUGCCGUCGCAGGAGAAUUCGGUGUCGGCUUCGACGGCGAAUGAAUUGAGAAAAGACAGAUAUGCCCCUAUUAAUCCUGAGAAAUUGAAGGCUGCUGCUGAAGGGCUUACUCAAGUUGGAAAGGCCUUUGCAGUUGCUACUGCAGUAGUGUUUGGUGGAGCUACUUUGGUGUUCAGUUGUGCAGUUUCUAAGCUAAAGAUGAACAAUAGUGAUGAUAUUAAAAGCAAUGUGAACGAUCUUGUUCAACCAAAAUUUGACAUGAUUAGAGGAAAAUUGGCGCCUUUGAGAAGAUGGACCGAAGAUACAACAAAGAAAUGGCAUGCGAGCAAGGAGGAAAAUAUCAAAGAGAAGCCUAUGGUAAAGGAGUUAUCCAAAAUUUUUGGUGCUAAAACCUCCCAUUGAUUUCUAUGUAAUUUCUCAUAAACUGUAUAUUAGUGUGUGGUGUUGACUCAAAGUAAAUAUUGUAUAAAUGAUUUCCAUUGUCUUAAAAAUAAAUAAAAAUAUAUAUACAAUUUUAGACA